AUAAAGCCUUAAAGAAAAAGAAAAAGCCAAUCUUGAAAAUAUCAGAAACCACAGAGCAAGAAACAAGAACGCGAUGAGAUGUUUCAGAUCAAAGACUCCAAGAACCGAAACACCACCACUUUCGUACGGACAACAACAACAAGAAGCCGUGUUCUCAUCUCACCGAACCGCGAGAGAAGAAGUGCUGUUGCAGAUUCAGGGAUGCAGAGCCCAUCUCAUCGACGGAUCCGAAGCGGUGGAGCUAGCCGCGGGAGACUUCGAGCUCGUACAGGUCUCAGACAACGGCGUAGCUUUAGCUAUGGUCGUGAGGAUUGGAAAUGACCUACAAUGGCCGGUGAUUAAAGACGAGCCAGUGGUGAAACUCGACUCUCGUGACUACCUAUUCACGCUUCCGGUCAAAGACGGAGACCCACUCAGCUACGGCGUCACGUUCUUCCCCAUAGACCAAAACGACGUAGUUUUCGUGAACAGUGUCGAGUUGCUAGACGAUUUCUUGAGAGAGAACUCUUGUUUCUCUUCUUCGUCUUCUUCUGCUUCUGCUUCUGCUUCUUCUUCUUCGCGUGGUAGUAAUGGAAUCGACUGGAAAGAGUUUGCGCCUAAAAUCGAAGAUUAUAACAACGUUGUGGCUAAAGCCAUUGCUGGAGGGACAGGGCAUAUCAUUAGAGGAAUGUUCAAAUGUAGUAAUGCUUACACUUAUCAGGUUCACAAAGGUGGUGAAACUAUGAUUACAAAGGCUGAGAAGAAGGGUGGUGGUGCGUCGUCACAAAGAAAUGCAACCAAAAACAAGAAUCAAAUCAACAAGAAUCUUCAACGAGUGAGGAAACUUUCGAGAGCAACCGAGAAAUUGAGCAAGACGAUGUUGAACGGUGUGGGAAUAGUGAGUGGUUCGGUGAUGGCUCCCAUUGUAAAGUCGAAACCAGGGAAAGCUUUUUUCUCAAUGGUUCCAGGGGAAGUUCUCUUGGCUUCACUUGAUGCUCUUAAUAAGAUAUUAGACGCUGCUGAAGCUGCAGAGAGACAAACUCUUUCUGCUACGUCCAAAGCUACUACCAGAAUGGUUAGUGAGAGGUUAGGCGAGAACGCCGGUGAAGCCACGAGAGAUGUGCUAGGCACGGUGGGUCACGCAGCUGGUACUGCGUGGAAUGUGCUCAAAAUCCGCAAAGCUUUUUAUCCUUCCUCUUCACUCACAUCAGGAAUCUUGAAAACCGCUUCAAGAAAGUGAUCUGUGUUCUCUACUCUUAUUCGCCGAGUUACAUUUGAUCAGUACUAUGUAUGUCUUUAUGUUUGGAUUGAUUUUGUGGGCAGAGAUUGUAAGGUUAAAAACCAAAAUUUGCAAACGUGUAAAAGUGAAUCUUACUCAAACUAAAAGAUCUCUUUUCU